AUGACUUUUGCGUGGAAAGCUGCUGGAAUGAGUUAUUUAAAGUAUACACAGAUAUGUGCUCGGGCAGUUCGAAAUUCACUUAAAGAUGAUUUACGACUGAUAGCACAACGAAGAGAUGAACAAGGACUUAAAUUUGCGAAGUGGGAAGCGGGAAAACAAGGUGAAUUCGUAUGUAUCGCAUUGAAAUUUUUAUAA